AAACCUUAGCUAGGAGCAUUGUCUAUGAUUGUCUCUGUGUGUAUGUUGUCAAUGUCACCUGUUAAUGUAAACGUCAUGGUCCUGUCAUAAAUCGUAUUUCGGCGCGGUUAUGUUGUAGUUUUCAAUUUCAAAACAAACUUUUUAUUUGCCGAUUUCGUGAGAAUAUAGUGAAUUUAGAGUAAAAUGGAAGUUGAAGAUGAUAAUCAAGAAGGCCCAUUUACCGUGUGGCAGAUGUUCAACGCCCCGACCAUGGUUUUGUUUAACAAUUUGGAACAUGCAGCGGACGGUCUUGAUCGAUUGUUAACAUCUAUUUUGAAGCUCUCAGGGGACUUUUCAGAAGUGUUAGUACCUAGGCCAAACUCUUCCAAGUUCCCAGAUGAAUACUACAAAGCUUUUAACACUUGGCUAAUAGGCCGGCUGUUUUAUGUUUGGUCGGUAAAGGAGUUAGAAAGAAUUCAUAUUACAAGCAAGGAUGCACAAUUAAAAAUACUGAACAUAUUAUCUGUAAAUGGGGCUUCAUUUUAUCAGGACAUUCACUCCGAAUACUUUAAUAUAUUGCAACAACUAUCUGAAUAUUACAAGGAAAAUGCAGAAAAUCCUUCAACAACGCAAAAAGAAUUGGCAAAUUUUUCAACAGGAAAUAUACAGAUACCUAACACCCAACUGGACUUACAGUCAAUAUAUGUUACUGUUAAAGAUCUUCAGACUUGCGAGAGGCUGAUAGAACUAACUUUACAGCUAUUAAGUGACAGCAUCCCCGUAAGUCCAUUUCACACUGACCAAAAUGGUAACUCCUAUGAAACAUUGUACUUACUUGUCUUGGGUAUGUUGGAAAAUUACAAUGCUCAUUUAAAAUUAUGCUGCUUGAAUUUUUUCCAUGAAAUUAUUGAUAAAAGUGAUAAAGUAAGUGUAACAAAGUUCAGUGAAAACUUUCCAGAGGUUUAUGAUCAAUUCAUGUACUGUUUAGAGGCAAUCACUGCUUCUAUGCCUAUUUACCAUGAGAAGGGUGAGGUAGAUGGCAUUUACUUGGAAAAAUUCAGCUUAUUCAUGGUGAACAUGCUAAAGAAAAUCACAACCACAUUAGAAAAGCGACACAAACAAAUUGUAGCUACUGUAUGCACUGUCAUAUUAAAUACUGCCCAUGGAAAAGUUUUCAAUAAAGACUUGAAAACAUUUUGUUUGUCAUUAACCUCCAUAGUUGAUCUGCCAGAAGAGUACAUUGAUAUCAGAAACAAAGAUAGUAAAGAACUUUAUAUUCUUAUGGAAUAUUUUACACAUAUUAUUGUGUCUUGCUUGACCAAUAAUGCUAAGGACCUAAAAGGAAAUAGUCACUACCAGAUGCUUUUGAGUACAGUAGUUGAAUCAAUGGAGUCAGCUAAGCAAAAUGUGACCUCUCACAAAUAUGAUAAGUUUCUGCUCCUAUACCAAUUGAACAGGGUUGUAGCAGCACUUACUAUAUUACAAAAUAUAUACAUAAAACAUCUAGCAGUCUCUAAUAAAGCUGCAAAAGAAAAAGUACAGCUACUAUCUGAAGACAAUACCAAAAAAAUAUUAAUAAAUGUGGUCACCCUACAUGCAGCUUUGAAAACUGAUGUGAUUCAUGACAUAGAAAUAGCUACAGCAUUAAUGGAGAUCUCUGUAUUAGUAGCCACACUAAGCCAAAAUGUCUCCAGUUCAACUAUGUCACAAGUUGUAAAGAUCCUGCAAAUCACGGAAUACAGUGAUGAUAUCAGAAUAAAUGCACUGAAGUACUACACUAUAGUCAAUGUGAUUCUUAAAAAGAAGCUUGAUGAUGGUGCUAACAAAGCUAUACUGUCAUUUGUUAGCACAUUGACUAGAUCAAAAACUUCAUCAACUUACAAACAGAUAAUCUCAGCAUGUCCUAUUUUGCUGCUGAAAAAAACUUUCUCAGAGAGUAAACUAAUUGCUGAAAUACUUCUGCCAGCUUUCCUGAUGAAGGAUGCAGACAUACACAAAGAACUUUGCAAGGUGCUUCCUAUUUUAGCUUGCAUGUCACUGGGAAACUGUGCAGUGGUGUUACAAACCAAAGAGGAAAUUAGAGGACAUGUGAUAUACUCCAAUAACUGUGCAGCCAUUUCAAUUGUAUGCUCCAAAUGCCACAACACCGAUAGAACAAAACUUACACCAGAACAGUUCCUAGCAGACCUAAGCAAAGAUAGUAUAGUCUUUGAUACUGAAACUAGAAAAAGAAGUUACAAUGAUUCAACACUAGCUGGUCAAAGAAGCCUUUUUGCUAAAUUUUUGAAUUCCAAGAUUUAUUCGGACUUGGCAGAUAGUGGGUUUUUGAAUCUGGUUGAAGGAUUCUCCAAUCAUGGUGUUUUUAAUCUGAAUACAGCCACUGAUGUAUUUAGUGUUGGCAAUUCACAUGAUGUCCUCAAAGUGCUCCGACAAUUCAUUGAUAAUAUUUCAGAAGACACUGAUAUAGACAGUGCCCAAAAGGAAUCAAUGUUUAAUGUAGCAACUAAUCUCUUAGUUAAUUCAACCAAAACAAGCCUCGAGAACAAUGACUACAAUCACCAGACCCAAACUUUGAACUGCAUAAAAGAGUAUGGGCUCUCAAAGAACAAAAAAGUGCUGUUGCCCAGUACAAAGCUACUUGUGUACUUCAUUAUGCAUCCUCAGACGUCUCUGGGGCCAAAAGCAGUGGUGUACUUGAGGGAUAUCUGUGAAGCACACGACACGACCCCAAACCAGGUUUACCACAGAUACAAGAAGGACUACUGCAAGCUUUUCGUCGAUUGCAGCUUAUACUGUGGCAAGGAAUUCGCGAUGUCGCUACUAAAGGUCGUCAGAGCAUUCGGCUUUGUGGGUUACAGAGAUUUCAUUUCGAAGGAUGUCCACCAUUUCCUACCUUACCUGAUACCAUAUUCAGUCAAAAUAAAGGAAGUUCCAUCAAUCAUCGAAGAAAUUGCGUCACUGGUCCAAUGCUCUGUAUCGGAUUUUCUAACAGAUAGAUUUCCGCACAUCUAUACCCACAUAUAUCUGUACGAAAAUGACAGUGUGGCCAAAAAGUGCUACGACCUGAUUGAACGGCUGACUAAGUCGUCUAUACUGAACCUGAUAAGAAGACAUUUUAGAAUAAUAUUGACUGAGUUUCUUCUACAAUACUGCUGUAAUCCAGAGAAAGUGCUGGCCGCAUGUCGGUACCUGGCCUGCCACGACCCCGACGUGUCUACCACCUCUGGGAGCACCAACAUGUCAGCAUCCCAAGUAGCUGACUUCUUGCAGCCAAAGUUCCUUGGCGUUCUCGCAUACAUCGACCACAAACUCGUCAACGCCAAAGUGGCCUUGUCUGUCAAGCGAAAAGCGCUUCAGAGCUUCCCGGACAUAAUCAAACUGAUGGGAGUUAAAUAUUUGACGCCGUUAAGGUACAAAGUGCUUGCGACGUUGAGAUCUGCCAUGUCACUGGUUAACGAGUUUCCGAAGAUUUUAGCUGCGGCUUGGAGUGCCUUCAUCCACAAUAUUGACAGCAUGUUGCUGGGACCCCUGCUGUCGAACCUGGCAGUCUCAUUACUGCAGCAAAUGGACCACGCGCCCCACGAGAUAAACAAGGUAUUCCAGUACCUGGUGUUGAGCAAUGAGAAUCUACUGAGCUCCCACAUAUCAGACCUUUUCUUCUUGCAAGACUCUAAUAUAUCAGAGAAAGUUAAGCUGGUAAUCAAAAGACAUGUGAAGCGAACGCAGCCAGAAGGUUUCUUAGACAAGAUUAAAUGGUACCUGCAGCAUUUGAACCAAGAUAUUCCGACGAUAAAAGCGUGUGCGUUUUCUCAGCUGGACAAACUGCUUAAAAGCAACAGGACUGAGAUUCACAAGGCCAUAUUUGGUGGGAAGACCAUAGACCCAAUCAUUACUGAACUGAUUGAUUGUUUAUUGACUGGCUGCAAAGACUCGUCGCCAGCCGUAAGUGUAUCAAGCGGCUCCUGCCUCGGCCAGCUCGGCGCCAUAGAAGCGGGCCACCUGCCCCGGCAGUACGUGCAGCCGGACCGCUCGCCCUUCGCCUUCAGCAUCAGCGACGACUGCUUCGCUGCGACGGCUCUUGUAGAACUUACUAGAGCGUUCCAGUAUGAGAAGGAUACUAUGAACAUGGAUUGCUACGCUCUUACAAUACAAGAGAUCCUGAAGAUUUACAACAUUUCCCCGAAUGGCAAGAAGGAGAUAUGGGACAGUUUUCCUGAACAUAUGCACCAAAUUAUGUUUCCACUACUCAGCUCCAGAUAUACCUUAGCAUAUCCUUCUCAACCAAAGAAAGCUCAUCCGCUGUUUGGAUCCGCCUAUGCAACCACAUUUCUUGAGUGGGCUCACAACUGGGCGGGCCAGCUAAUCCCUCUCAUCGAGUCCGAGAGCAUCCGCGCCCUUGUCCGCGCCGUGCACCCGAGCAUGCGGCGCGACGCGCGCACGCUGCUGCUGCUGCUGCCCCACGUGCUGCUGCACGCCGUCAUGAGCCGCGCCGCGCACCGCCGCGUGCACCACGAGAUGCAAGCCGUUAUUGGUCUGGAAAACUUUGAAAACGCUAACAGAGUGACAUCGGAGCGGUCUAGAUACAAGCUGCUGCGUCACACCCGCAUGACUCCCAGCGUCAGUUCAGUGAACGCUGAAGAAGGAAACCAGUAUAAAUGCAGUAAGAUGGUCUACACACUCCUGGACUUUCUGAAGCGAUGGCUACUGGAGUGGUGCCACUCGAAGCAGCAUCCUCUGCAAAACGAAAACUACAAGGCCAUAUCAUCGUUCCUAGACCGCUUCGACAAGCUAACCAUAGCCCGAGGCAACUUCCUGUGCGGUGAAUACUCGCGCGCGCUGCAGUAUCUUGAGCUUCACGUGGAGGAGAACAAGCAGCAGACGCAGCCGCAACUGCCGCUCCUAGCCGAGAUAUACGCGCUGCUGGACGAGCCCGAUAGUGUUGCUGGAAUCCUAGCUAUCAAACGGACAGAGCCAUCUCUAAAGGAACUGAUCCUAGCGCAAGUGGUGACGGGGAGGCUUCAAGACGCGGCGCUGUGCUACGAAAGACUAGCACAGGAAGGGCAGCUAGACCGACAUAGCUUACAGGGCAUGAUAGACUGCUACCUCGGUCUAGACCAGCCAUUCACCGCGUACCGUCUGCUCAGCGAGCAGGAUGACGGGGAUACCAUGGAACUGGGAGCCGAAGCGCUGUGGAGGCUCGGCCGGUUUGAAGAACUAGAUGAGUUGGCGCGGAAACCUGUGCCGCCAUCCCGCGAGAACUGGGGCCUCCUAAUGGGUCGGACACUUCUAGCCUAUCGCAGUCAAGAUCACGAAGCCUUCGACCAAUCAUGUCACGCCGCGAUGACGCGACUUGUCUCUCAAAUGGACGACGAGAGUAAGGGCGAGAGCGCGCUACGAAGCGGCUACCAGAGUGUAUUAGGACUGCAUAUUAUAACGGAGGCCAAACAUGCUCAGGAGGUUUUACAAAGGUUGAAAAGUAUUCCGGACAGCGAAGCACAAGAGUCGUCAAUAAUAUCGGAGCUGCUUGACGAGUGGCGGCUGCGACUGUGCGUGGUGCAGUCCGACGUGCGCACUGUAGAGCCGUUGUUGCGAACUAGACGAAUUUUACUGCAGCAAACUCAGGAACUACUGGAGCCAACUCAUCCUCUGACUGCCAGUAAGCUGAAGUCCUGCAUCGGAGACUUGUGGCUGCAGAGCGUCAAACACGCAAGGAAGGCGGGCAUAUUCCAGCAGUCCUACAUGUACAUCCUAAACGCGGAAGAAUACCACCCUGAACAACUAUACAUAGAGAAGUCUAAGAUGUACUGGGCGCGCGCGCAGCGGGAGCUCGCCUUCACGUCGCUCAAGCGCGGCCUGGACGAGGCCAGCCCAGAGCUGGACAAACUCACACAGGAUCAGAGGAAGAUUUGCGCAAAAGCGAAACUGUUGAUUGCUAAAUACAACGACGAGACGACCAACGUGGACGUGGACGUCAACAUCGCGUACUACAAGGAAGCCGUGGAUAUGUGCAAGCAAUGGGAGAAGAGUUUGGUUUGCCUCGGCGCGUACUACGAGAAAGUGAGCGGCGCGGACGCAACCAACACCAACACCGCGUGGUCGCGCCGAGUGUACGCGCUCAACAGCUACGGCAAGGCACUGCAGUAUGGACACAAGUACUUGUAUCAGAGUAUGCCCCGGAUGCUGUCUAUAUGGCUAGACGUGGAAGCGACAGCGUCCGACUCAAACGUGCACACAGUCCUGGCUCAAAUGACGGACAUCAUCAAGACGUACUCCGAGCGUCUCCCGCUCUACCUGUACCUGACGGCCUUCUCACAGAUCGUGUCGCGCAUCUGUCAUCCUGUCAAAGAGGUAUACCUGCAGCUAAAAGCGAUACUAGUGAAGCUAAUCCUAGCGUACCCCCAACACACGCUGUGGAUGACGAUGUGCGUGAUCAAGUCGAGCUACCCGCAGCGCAUCAAGCGUUGUCAAGACGUGUUCUCUGACCCAAGACUGAAGGAGCCGAGGAUGUUGAAGCUGGUGUGUGACUUCACACAGCUGGCUGAGAAGCUCAUUGAGCUGUGUAACAAGCCUAUUGUUGGGGCUGGUAAUACAACAACAGUAUCCUCGCUAGUCCGUACACUCCCACGGCUACUAGCCACCGAGAACUUCAGUCACAUAAUGAUGCCGUUCCAAGAGUUCUGCAAGAUAGUGCUGCCGUCCAAGGCGGCGCGGCAAGAGCGCAUCGACUUCAACAUUCCUUCAGAGCCACCGGUGUAUAUCGCUGGCAUUGAGGAGAAUAUUACCAUUCUGCCGUCGCUGCAGAAGCCACGGAAGGUUACUUUGAGAGGCUCAGACGGCAAAGCGUACAUAAUAAUGCUGAAACCCCGAGACGACUUACGCAAAGACUAUCGUCUAAUGGAGUUCAAUGCCGUCGUCAACCGCUUCCUACAAGACGCCCCGGACACCAGGAAGAGAAGACUGUAUAUCCGGACGUAUAGCGUGCUGCCAUUGAACGAAGAGUGUGGUCUGAUUGAGUGGGUACCGAAUUUGGUCGGGUUACGACCGAUUCUGAUGCAUAUUUAUAAGCAGAAAGGAAUCCACACCAGCAACCGAGAGCUGAAAGAAAUGAUGUGUUCCAACAAGGACCCGAUAGAGAAGAAGCGACGCAUCUUCGAGGAGCGUCUGUUGCCGCGACACCCGCCGCUCUUCCAGGAGUGGUUCCACAGGGUCUUCGCCGAUCCUUACGGCUGGUAUCAAGCCAGAUCAGCGUACAUAAGAACAACAGCUGUUAUGUCAAUGGUGGGAUACAUUCUCGGUCUAGGCGACCGCCACGGCGAGAACAUAUCCUUCGACUCUACAAACGGCGACACGGUGCAUGUAGACUUCAACUGUCUGUUUAACAAGGGGGAGGCGUUCGAGUGGCCCGAGCGAGUGCCGUUCCGACUCACUCAUAAUAUGGAGGCCGCUAUGGGGCCGCUGAAGCAUCAUGGCAUGUUUAGGAAAAGCUGCGAAGAAGUGAUGAAAGUAUUACGCGCGCAGACGCCGGCGCUCAUGUCUGUGAUUGGCGGGUUCGUGUACGACCCGCUAGUGUCGUGGGGGCGCGCGCGAGCAGACACCGGCGAGCGGACCAAUGAGCAGGCGUUGUCGCAUCUGCAUAACAUACGGCAGAGGCUGAACGGGAUGGUCAAGACAAAAAACAAGCAACUGUCUCUCUCACUGUCACCGGAAGGCCAAGUCGAGCAUCUGAUCGUGGAGGCCACGAGUGUCCACAACCUCUGCCAAAUGUACAUCGGAUGGGGACCAUUUUUGUAAACUUUCCUAUGUUUUUCAAUUAAAAAAAGACUGGUAUUUUAGAAAGUAAGCAUUAAUAAACAGUUGUUAUUCUAAUAUUA